AUGCUUUCGCCUUCCGCCUCCCCCGUCCCUCUAAAGCUAUCCGUCGAUGUUCAAGCCGUAUUACCCAGAGAACUCCAUGGUCGUGAAUUGUCUCCUUUGGCCGCGACUCAACCUCAGCAAGCACGGUCCCCUCGCAAGCGCCAUCACACAGCAACCUCACUCCAUGAACUCCGUGAUAUCCUCAAGUUUACUGCACUCCCAGAGAACCUCACUGUUCAACGCCUCAAGACCCUCUAUGCCUCUUGCAAACGAGCGCAGCUCCUCCCUCGUCUACGAUCCUCGGAGUUCUCCGUCCUCAUCAGCAUCUUGGGAACGUUGUCCAUCUCCAAUCCCUCCAAUCCUGCUACCUCCUCGCCGACCCUAUCAUCCAACCCAUCACAGCCCAACAUCUUCCUUCAUCGCCCAGCGCUAUCCAUGGAUCCAUCCUCCUUUACCUUCCAGCUCAACUUCGCUAGAGAAGUCGCCGCGGACAAGCGCCAAUACCACGAGCUCAGUGAUUCGGAUCAUUACUGGCUCAUGCUUCUGAAGAUUGCGCGACUUCGACGCGACGUGGACAACGUUGCGACGCGCUCCGCAAAGGAUGACGCGAGGGCUCUUGACCGGAUUCGCAUGCACUAUCGGCAGAUCCGACGCCAUUUCCGACAUGCGGACGCGCAUAUACCCUUCCUCCGUGUUCUCAUCGGGACCGGGAAGGCGCCGGAAGCGGCGAGAUGGUGGUGCAGCUACAUGCUGGACUUCGAGCGAGCCUCUCGAAGCGUAUUCAAUGUUCUCUGGGAGCUAGUACUCGAGCACGGCGCGUCGUUGGCCCUCUCCGACAAGCAGGCCGUGUUGGAUGUUUUUCGCCGGCGCAUGGACGGGAUACAGCGCAUGGGCUCGUCGACUCCUGGGCCCGCGGUUUUCUCGAUGGCGCAGGGACGGGUAUCAGUGGACGAGGUCAUCGACGUGCGGCAUUUGGUCGACACUCUCGAUCGCCUCCUUCGAGGUUUGCCACGCGACGAGGAAGAAAAUGAUGCGAUGGGAGAACUUUGGGAGUGGGCACGCGCACAGGCAGUUCAAGCGUCCGAGGAGGCUUCCCGUGAAGACGGCGUGGAAGGAUGGUCUGUUCUGGCCUGCCUGGCGCUUUCCAGUUCGCGUCGUGUUAUCGCGCCUUCCAUUGCGGAAAUAUCUGGUUCCGGCAGGUACCUCGACAUUCAAAUCGUGUGCAUGUUGUCGGCCCUCGACCGGUCCUUCGGAUUUGCUCGCGUACGACGAGGAUCCAUUCUGGAAGAUAAGCAGCCCGCCCCUCUACCUAUCACGGACCUGCGCGGGGUCGUCAGGAGGUUGUGGGUAAUGUGGAGCUCCUCAAGAACCGCCGUAGAUCGGCCUCGCAUGGUCCAGCGAGCCGUCCUCGCCGCCUUUCUGCGCCUUUCUGCGGUUCUUGAGGACGGCGAGCUGAUGAAGCGUUGCGGUCGAUACUUGGAAGCUCAUGGGUUGUGGGAUGCGGACACAGUGCGCAGUGCUCGUCAGAUCAUCGGGCUCGGGAGUGACUGGUGGAUCGCGGUGGUGGCGUUACUGCCAUCCGAGUCGGUUCCGCAGAAGAUUUCGGAGAUGGCCCGUCUAGUUGGGGGUCGAAGAGAUCGGAGACCGCUUGAGGCUAUGGCGGUGCGGGCUGUAUCCUCUGCGAAGGACUGGGACCCGCUCGUCGCAUAUCGGAUCUGGCUUUCCGCACGGGCUGCUCGUAUCAAGGUCCCGGACGAAGUCGUUUCGACGCUCGGACUUGCUCUGGCCCCGAAUUAUCCUCACGAAGCUGCCUUAGUCAUGAAGGAGGGGCAAAUCAGUGAUGAGGACGCCGAAGCCGUUCUGGGUCGCAUUUUACGGCGGGUGUCCUCCAGCAGAGUUACCAGGCUGCCUAAAGAACUAUCUAGGUUGAUCCUCACCGCGAUGAUCCAUACGUGGUCAAACAGAUUUCCUCCGCGUGAAUUGCCGAUCCAAUUGCGAGGAUGUGUCGAAUACUUCCUCUUGAUGAUGCCCGCGUCAGGUUAUUCCCAGUCGGCCGUGGCGUUCAUCCAGAUCAUACACUACCGCGAUCCAUCCUACUUUCGGACGCCGUUCCUGCGCAAGAUGAUCCUUCGGCUCAUGCACCACACUCAGUGGAAGCGCGCUAUUUGGCUUGCGAACUACGUUGGGCUCAUGAACCCUGAACACGCAAGGCAUUGGCAUGAGUUCGUCUUCCGCGCCGUGCUCCUUCGACGCGAGUAUGGCGCCCCGGCUCGCCUGGCGCUUCGUAUCCUCCCACAGAUGCAGGAUAUCACACCUGGGUCUCCGCGCCACAUCCUGCAGACCUACGCCACUCUUCCUCCGCGCGUCGCAAGCCUCCACCUCACCCGACCGUCCGGGGUUGGGACCCGCGAACGUCCACACACGCGGGUCGCACUCAACGCGCUGGUCAGGGCUGGGCGCCUACGCGCAGCACACCUGCAUCUACGAUCGAGAUCGCCCUCCUUACCAAUGCAACAACGCAGCGUCCUCGGGAACAUAGUGCUCCACGGCCACGUCCUAGACCGACGCACUCGAAACAGGCAGCAUUUCCAGCACGUCCUGCGGAUGCUCGACAGCCUCGUCGCUAACGAGGGCGCGAUCCCCGACCGUGUUACGAUCAACAUCCUCGUUAAAGCGACGCUGCUAUGGCCGCGCCUGGCGGACAGCGUCAAGCUGCGGAUGCUGUUCGACCAGCUGGUAGUGAGUGGCUAUCGCUCGCCAUCCGCACCGGAGUCAAGGCCUUUCGGCACCAACCCGAGCGGGAAGCAGGGGACCAUACCGCUACCUCCAAGCGUCUCCGGCCCGAUUUCUUUCGCGAGACAUCUGCGGCCCAUGUACAAGAUGUUUAUCAGAGCCUUUCGGAGUCGAGGCGAUCGCGAGGCUACCAGGAUGGUGGUGUCCAUGUUGAAGGAGGCGAAGCGUGAGGCAGAGGAGGCGCAUGAGCGUAGAGAACGGGCGCGCUUGCGAGGCAGGAUGCGUAAGGCGAGGGUACUAGCGAAAAUACAGAGCGAAUAG